ACAUUGAUCUUUACAGAGGGUGCGUUUGGUUGCGUUGAAUCAGCAACUGACUCACCGCAGGUGUCGAGUGAGCCGAGCUUCGCCUAUAAAGAGAUGCAAAUGUGCCUCCGCAGGUUUCCUUUUACACCCGGAGGCAAAGAGCGGCAGUCAUCGCAUCAUCGGAGCUCUUUUGCAAUGGAAACCAGCCAAUACGCGAUUGUCAGCUGAGCGACGUUGACAAAAGGAUCAGUCGAGCGGGCAUUUCCACCGUCACUCCCGCUGCCUCCGCCAUGCCUGUCGCAAGCCUCCUCGGAGUCCAAUCCGACAUGCAGCUGGUGCUCAAAAUAAGUCUUUCUGUGGCGGCGGUGCUUCUUGUGUCACUAGCCUACAGGUUCUACAACUCCAGGGGCACGGAGGAAAGUCCCGUCCGGCGUAGCAAAAAACAACAGACUUGCCAGAGAUGCAAGACAAGCCUGUCGGCGAGUGACACCGGCGAUAAUCUACUCGGACCGACCCUCACGGAUGCUCCGUCGUCUGACAAUGCCAAAGGAAGACCGACAGAAGCUAAUCCAGCCCAGGAGGCACGUUCCCUCUCACACCGUGAACAGCAUUUGGAAAAGGAAGCAAAGUUAUCGGUGUCCGGUGAUAGCGCUCCGACUCUUCCCGAAGCGGCAAAGUGUGGACGAGCGAGUACAAAAGGCAGACGCUCUCCCUGCUUUUUAAAAAAACUGGAUGGCGGUUUGGGCGUGGAAAGGGAGCUACGGCAGGACUUGGAACGACAUGGCGUCUACUCCAGCUUUCUCUCCAAGGCGGAGAUCAAGGUGGAGGAUGCUAAGCUGGUGCUGGAUAGUCCAAGAGACCAGGUAGUGCACGGAAAGAUAUACGAAUACUACGUGGAGACCUCUUCUCACUGUACUACGGAGCCAAACGUUAACUUGGGUCCGACUGAAAGCAAGUCUGAGUUGCAACGAGCAGCGAUUGGAAGCGAUUGCAUCCCCGGCACAGGUUCUCCUCUUUCUCUGGACCCUGACGUCGCUGAGGAACCGUCCCUCCUGGGGACAUCCGUUCCGAGGCCCUCCGCGACGUCCGGACCCCAACGCAAACCGAGCUAUCUCGCCGCUGCAGAGCAGUCGGAGCUGCCGAGUCCGGUCGCUCCCUCCGAUAGCUCAAGGAACGCCGGUCCCCCGUUGACCGGUCCUUCCACAAACGACGAAUGCCCUGAUGUGAGCAAAGGUUCUCAUUUAGAGACUGUCGCGGGGAGUCUCUCGGUCCACCGCUCAGAUUUGGGAAUCCUGGAAAAUCAACUGGAUCUGGGCAACUGUUUGGAGGCUCUCUUUUUGGCCAAAAAACACGACCGAGGGUCCGUGGUGCAGGCGGCCAUUGAAGUGAUGUCCAACAACUACCACCAGGUGCUCCGGGACGCCGACCUUUACGGGCGGCUUACCGAUGCCGAGCUGCAACUCAUCAGGAGGCAGAGAAUAAGAGGGAGAAGCUUUGUCAUGAUGGCAGAUAUGGACCCCCAGGACUGUCCGAGGAACAGCAAGGUGCUGAAAAGGAAACCGAGUGCUCUGUACUACUACGACGACUGUCGAGACAGCUGGCAUCAACUUUGCUCCAUUCCGCAGGAAGUCAUCAGCAAAGCCUGCGCCAUGUGCACGAUGGAUAACUACCUUUUUGUCGCCGUGGGCUGCCAAGGCACCGAGGGUGAAACGACGCCUUCCAAGCGCGUGUUUUGCUACAAUCCUCUCACGUCCAUUUGGAAGGAGAUCAGUCCCAUGAAUGAAGCCAGGCCCCGUUGCAAACUGGCCGCCCUGGAUGGCUACAUCUACGCCGUGGGCGGGGAGUGCCUCUCAUCGGUGGAGCGCUACGACCCGCGGUCGGACGGCUGGACUUUCGUGGCCUCUCUGCCGAACGAUACCUUCGCCGUGGCCCAUCACGUGACGGUUUGUAACGGGGAGCUGUUUGUGUCCGGGGGUAGUCUUCGCUACAUGCUGCUGCGCUACAACCCCAAGAGCGACACCUGGAGGGGCGGUCUGAUGGCGGGCGGCAAAGACAGGACGGCGGACAUGGUGGCCGUGGGACCCUUCCUCUAUCGCUUUGAAGUCAACCCUCUGCUGGGGGUCAGCGUGUACCGCUACCACACCGUAGCCCGACUGUGGUACGAGUGCGGCGCCAAACGGCUCCCCCGCUGCCCCGCUUUCCAGUGCGUGGCGAUGCACGACGACAUCUACUGCGUCAGCCGUCACUUCACCUUGAGAUUUGAGGCCGACGAGAUCUCUCCGGCUUUCAGCGACGACGAUUUGAGCGUGGCCCCCGGGGCCAAGGGCCCGCUUUUCCCCUUUGUCCUGUCGCUCCCUGAUAAGCGGCCUCUGCAGACGAGCGUGUAGCGCGGAUUCACUUUCAGAAAGAUGAGAACCUUGUGCCCGCCAGCUUCACCGUACUUUUUGACCAUUGUCCAUGAGGAGCUUACCCUCGGUUUUCGGACCUCUUGUAUCGCGGUCACACUGAAGCUCUGAUCGUGGAUGCAUUGAUUACGUUUCGGGGUGGUGGGGUGGUUCAUGGUUCAUUUCAAACGUAUCUUCAAAAAGUAAGUAUGCUGUUGUAAUUGUAUAUUUUGCGUGAAGGAAUCACGAGCCUCAUGUGUCUCUUUAAUGGAUGUUUUCUUGGCAAACAUGCAAAGCGCAACCGCGAUGUUCCUUCAUUGUACUUUUAUUGCAAUUACCGCACCUUUAUUAGAGAUCUCCCACCAUAAAUGUAAAACGUUAACACCCUAAUGGCCGCCUGACUACCGUGUGCUUAGAUUAAUGCAGGACGCGCCGCCUCGCAAACAGCUUGCUCCUCUCGAUUUGUUGCUCCGCCUCGCCAUGAAGUGACUUUUACAACAUUUCAGCUUCCCGUGCUGAAAAACCCCACUCGUGAAUAAAGCGCCGCAGUAAGUAUACAUUAUACAAAUGAGGCGAUCGGGCCGCCAUCCGUCACUGAGCGUGCGGUACACGGGGCACAAAUAGAACUGCCACAGUGACCCGGAGAGGACGCAAUUAUCUGCGGCCGCCUCGUGAAUACAGCAGCAUGUAAAUGGAGGUGUCGCGCGAGAUAAAUCGACGAGCUUCCGAAAGGGGCGUGUCUCAGGCGGGCUCGCUCUUCUUCGACCCAGUGUCGUAUUUUGCUGCCCUCCAAACAAAAUCUCCAAGACGGAUCCAAACUUGUUAUUCGCUGCAUGCGCUCUGUAUUCCACUGCGGGUCAUUAUGCGCGAGGAAAUCAGAUGCCCCGAGAGUGACGUCAAUAUUCAUCAUUGGGAGCUUAUUGAAUGACUGACGGCUUCCCCGGAAAGGUGUGCUGCUACAGCACCAUCAUGUGGCUCAGGCAGCGAACAGAGCAGGGUGCGCGGCUUGACAGGUCGCUUUUCCGAACCUCCUUCGGCAUCAUGAGUGGGUGGUGGGGGGGCGGCGGGAAAUAUCCGAGCGACUAAGCUGCCGCCGGUUGCUCGCAGAUGGUUGACCAUCACACAUAAGCGUCUUUGAUUCUUCCUAAUUAAACACUUUGAUUCCACGUGAUUAAGCCCCUAAUGGGAUGGGAGUUGCAUGCAUCCCUGCAGACGUCGUGUUCAACGACUCGUGACUCGGGUCAGCUGCGACAUCAUUUUUUUUUUUUUUUUUGGUUUUGGUUUCUUUUGUCUUUGCAAGAUCCCGGGGAAUACUAACAGCACACGCUGCCUUUGAGAGAGGAGGAAUUUGCAUGUCAUUAUCUUGUGGAAGCCCGUGCAAAAAUGAUGCACAGGCCCUCUGGUUUCACAUUGACUCUCUCUCUCACAUCAUGCGUGUGAUGUAUAGAAGCUGAAAAUA